AAUAGUUUGUGAGUUUAAUUGGGAAGACAGAAGUGUCUGUGAAAUGAUGAGGUUUCGUGUUUCAUUACGAAGUGAAUAGAAAGUAAUAUUGAUCUAAUGUAAUGAAAAUGAAAUAUUUCAUAUUGAUUCUGGUGGUUUUCUCAAUCAGGAAAAUCGAAGCAAGUGACCCUCGUUUGCCAACUGCAAUCAGGCCGGAUUAUUAUGAACUGAAGAUUAUAACGCACCUGGAGAAUGCAACUAAUUUAACGUUUCACGGCGAUGUCUUGAUACGUUUUAAAGUUUGGGAGGAUACCACAAAUGUUACAUUACAUGUACGAGAUCUGGUGGUAAACGAAGCCAGUAUCCAGGUGACAAACUUUGCAGAUGAUGAAGAUUUUUGCUUAUUUGCUGAGAACGUGGAAACUCUGCCCGAGUUGGAUUUCUAUAACAUUAAUUUCGAUGGCAUCUUAGUGAAGGGUCGAAGGUAUGAAUUAUAUUUGGAGUUUACGGGAAAUCUUAACAGAGCCUCAAGGGGAUAUUUCUAUAAUUCGUAUGUCGAUGUAAAGACAAAUCAAACACGUUGGAUAUCGUUUACAGACUUUGAACCCAUCUAUGCUCGUUCGGUGUUUCCAUGUCUGGAUGAACCGAAUUACAAAGCUAAAUUCAAAAUAUGGCUUGGUCACCAUCACUCGCUUAGGGCUUUAAGUAAUAUGCCCUUACACUCACAAUUUCCAUUGGAUAAUUCGGAUGGUUAUGUCUGGAGUGUAUUUGAUGAAUCCCUUCCCAUGUCCACCUAUUUGGUGGCUUUUUCCAUCAAUGAUUUUGCAUACAGAGAAUCAAAGAGUGGUGGUUCAAAUGUCGUCUUUCGAACUUGGUGUCGGGAGGAAUACGUUACUGAAUGUUCAUACGCCUUAAAUAUAGCUUCAAAGAUAUUGGGUUACUUUGAGAAGUUGUUUGGUGUACCAUUCCCCUUGCCCAAAAUCGAUAUUGUUGCUGUACCCAAAUAUGGCAGCAGUGCCAUGGAAAACUGGGGACUCAUCACGUUAAAGGAAUCCAUCUUACGACUGGAAACGGAUAGUCUUUACGAGUGGUCUAAAAAUGUCAUUAUCAGUGUAAUGAGUCAUGAACUAGUCCACCAAUGGUUUGGUAAUUUGGUAACAAUGAAAUGGUGGAAUGAUGUCUGGAUAAAGGAGGGCUUUGCCACAUAUUUCCAUAGCUUAGCUAUGGACUACAUUAUGCCAGGUCGCGAUAUGUAUCUGGAGAAUUCUAUAUUUAAUGCGAAAACUGUAUUUCAAUAUGAUGCUGAAAUAAAUGGUCAUCCCCUGUCAAACUAUGUCAGGACCUCAGAUGAAAUUGUAAAACUAUUCGAUAGCAUAACUUACCAGAAAGCUUCAUCUGCUAUUCGAAUGUUGCAUUUGUAUAUGGGUUCGGAAGCGUUUUUUGGAGGAUUACAAACCUAUUUAGCAAGGCACCAGUUUGGUAAUGCCCAGGCAGAUGAUUUGUGGGACUCUUUAGCAUCAGCAGCCCUCAAAUACAAGAUAAUUAAGCACAAACAUGAACUGAAAAUAAUCAUGGAUUCAUGGACUUUGCAGGCGGGUUAUCCAGUGGUCACUGUAAAGCGUAUUGAAUAUGCUGGAGCAGUUGAAAUUUCCCAACAAAGAUUUUCGAGGAGUUCUGGCAAUUUGUCCAGCCCAGGGGCUUCGAGCUGUUGGUGGGUUCCUAUAACAUACACCACGGCAAAUGAAUUAAAUUUCAACGACACCACACCCAAAGCGUGGAUGCCAUGCAAUGAUGAUUCUGAUAGAGGAGAGUCUCUUGUACUCUAUAAUGUAAUUACAGAAAAUCAGUGGGUUAUAUUCAAUAUUCAAGUAAUGGCAAUUUACAGAGUCAACUAUGAUGUCUACAAUUGGAAACUCAUAGCCAACUUUUUGAAAAAUGACAAUUUUGAACAAAUUCCGCUAAUAAAUCGCAUUCAACUACUCAGUGAUGUCAUAUACUGUGCCCGUUCUGGUCACAUUGGCUACGCGAUUGCUCUCAAUGUAAUGGAAUACCAGCGACGGGAGCGGGAAACUAUGCCAUGGUUGAUCUCAUUGCACGCUAUCAGACCUGAUCUCAAUUUAGUCGCUCAACUAUCUCAACAUCAUGUGCCCACGAUGGCCUACAUGCAUUAUUUGUUACAACCAAUUUACUCCUAUUUAAUUAGCCAAAAUGAGACUGAAAUUUCUUCCACAAAAGAUUUGCAGCUCAAAGAUCUCAAAACUUUAGUCAUCCAAUAUGCCUGCUUUUUUGGGCUACAAGACUGUGUCCACACUGCCCUUUCAUAUUUUCAACAAUGGAAAACUAACAACAAUAAUCCCAUCCCUGAUGAUUGGAUAUUACCCGUAUAUUGCACAACUAUGCGCUAUGGCGAUGAGAAUGAGUGGAAUUAUUUGUGGGACUUUUUUAAUAACACCGCUCCACACGAUAUAUUAAUUCUCAAAUCUUUGGCUUGCACUCAAAGUAGGAAAGUUUUGACAAAAUUUUUGGACAUAGCUUUCAAUAAAAAGCUCCAAUUACCAAUGGUAUUUGCCCAGAUUGCCUUCGAAUCGGUAGCAAGCAAUCCAGCAGGUACCUCAUUAGCAUUGAAAUAUUUAAUUGAGAAUGCGUCCGAAAUACAAAAGGAUUUUAGUGUGCCGCACUUACUCUCAAAUGUAGCCAGUUUUGCAUUUGCUCCAGAUGAUCUCUCAAAUUUAUGUAAUUUUAUGGACGCGCACCCCGAGCUAUUUGAAAAACACAGUAAACGUAAGCGGCAAAUUUUGGACGAAGUUAAUCAAAAACGUCUUUGGGCACAACGAAACCUUGAGGAAAUUACCACCUUUAUGACGAAUCGAUUACUAUCAUUAGAUAAAGAACGAAUUAGAAAUGAUAAGGAAGAAAUUAAUUAUUACAAUUAUUCAUAAAAAAUAAAUUAAAAGUAGAACCGAAAAUAAUCAGUUUUAUUUGUUCCUGCAUGGAUGGUAAUAGGGUGCUUUUUUACGGAUGGACUCCCAGCAUUUUGUGAGUGGCAUACCAACAUUUCCGUUUUAUUGAUGCCAGUUUUACUUAUUAUUAAAUAUUAUAUUGAAAUUAUAUACUAAAUAUUAAAUAUUUCUGAAUUCUCAUCAGAACGAUUAAGGGCGUAAAUAUACUGUCACUGAAUUUUGCAUGUGCUCAUAAUCCCACUCACAGUGGGGUAAUCUCUCUGCAAAAAUGUCCAAGAUUAGUCCGCAUAAUAUCGGAAUUUUGGAGAUUUCAGACACAGUUCCUCAAUCAGAUUAUUUUUCUCAGUGGAUAAAAAUUCGAUAAAUUUUUAAAAUCGACAUAGACACAAGUAGCGGCCAUAGGGGAGAGAUCUGAAAGUAACUGAAAUUUGUUAAAAGAUAAAUAUUCUGUUGCUUUUUCAGUUGGUAAAAUGCAGCUGGUAAUUUAUCUUCAUAUCUGAAAUAAAUCGAAACUUUAUCAAUAAAUUCAUAUACAAUUGUAUUUCUGGGUGAUGUUUCAAACUAAUCACAUUCUCUUAAAUCACUAUCAUUGUCUAAUUAGUCAAAAGUGAAAGUGAAGAGAGAAGAGAGAAGCAGUAGAAUAUUUUUGAUUUCUCACUAAUGAUAGGAGCGGAUAUAUGCAGGAACCAAUUUAAUUGCAUAGAAAACAAAAUAAAAAUACAUUUAGCAAUAAUGAUUAUCUUAGUCAUGUUUUAUAUAAGUGAUUAUGAAAUAAAAGAUUCUAUACUUAAAUACAAAAUUAA